AUGACCGCCCUGCAGCGUCGCCAGAGCGCAAAGGGAGAGUGGAUUCCCGCAGAGGGCGUCUGGCCUGUGGACCCCCAGCACGACGUCCCCGUCUCCCAGGACCGCAUCUGGGUAGACGGCUGCUUCGACUUUGCCCACCACGGCCAUGCCGGCGCCAUGCUGCAGGCCCGCCAGCUGGGCUCCGAGCUGCUCGUCGGCGUCCACUCGGACGAGGCCAUCCUCGAGAACAAGGGCCCCACCGUCAUGCGCCUGAACGAGCGCAUCAUGGCCGUCGAGGCCUGCCGCUGGGCCACAAAGGCCAUCCCCCACGCCCCCUACGUCACCUCGCUGCCCUGGAUCUCCCACUACGGCUGCCACUUUGUCGUCCACGGCGACGACAUCACCUCCGACAGCGACGGCAAGGACUGCUACCGCUACGUCAAGGCCGCCGGCCGCUUCAAGGUCGUUAAGCGCACCCCGGGCAUCUCCACCACCGAUCUCGUCGGCCGCAUGCUGCUGUGCACAAAGUCGCACUUUAUACACUCGCUGGAGAAGCGCCUCUCCGGCGACGAGGGCCCCGGCGGCGACCUCGAGCGCCAGAAGGAGGGCCAGGAGAUGCUGCAGCGCAUCAAGGACUACGCCACCGACGCGAGCGGUCGCGCCCCCGGCUGCGACGUCUGGUACUGGCACGCUUCUCGCCCCGCCAAGCUGCGACGGACGACCACCAGCAACGCAGCCACGGUGACCAACGAACCGCGCCCGGGCGUGGCCAGGUCAGAGACCGCCAACUCAGCCCUUGGCCCCGUCAAGGAGGAAAAGGGUAAAUUCCAUCAACUCGUCCAGGGCAAGGGCGUCAAGCCCGGCCAGGUGGUCGUCUACGUCGACGGCGGCUGGGACCUGUUCUCCUCGGGCCACAUCGAGUUCCUGCGCAAGGUCACCGAGACCGAGGAAAACGCCGCAGAAGAGCGCGGCUGGUUCACCGACCAGGCCAAGGCAGACAGACUCUCCAGGACAGGCGAGGACUACGGCCCCGUCUUCUUGAUCGCAGGCAUACACGACGACGACGUCAUCAACCACUGGAAAGGCAUCAACUACCCCAUCAUGAACAUCUUCGAGCGCGGCCUGUGUGUGCUGCAGUGCAAGUACAUCCACGCUGCCGUCUUCGGCGCCCCCUUUUCGCUCUCCAAAGCCUUCCUGCUCACCCUCCCCUACGGCACCCCCAUCGCCGUCUACCACGGCAUCACCAAGUUCAUGCCACUGACGUACGACCCCUAUGCCGUCGCCAAGAUGCUGAACAUCUACCGCGAAGUCGCCAACCACCAGUUCCAGAACGUCAACGCGGCCGAGAUUGUCGCGCGCAUCAUGAAGAGCAGAACGCUGUACGAGGAGCGGCAGCGCAAGAAGGGCGAAAAGGGCGCGGGCGAGGAGGCGGAGAAGAGGCGGCAGGAGAUGGAGCGGGAGCAGCAGCGGAGGGAGGUCGAGAGCCAGUUCGGCAUCUAG